AUGUUGACAAGAGCAGAAAGAGCGAAAAAGAAGGAGAAGAAGACAACUGGCGAGGUGGUGGCGCCAAACAAGACGGGGCAAUGGAUGUACACCCCACCAGUGAGUUUUUUUGCAGAAUUUCGAGAGAAAUAGUGUAGAAAAAUGAGAGAGUGUGGAGUGAGAGAGAGAGAAAUUUGUUCUAGAGACAAAACAAUGUUUUUUCAGCCUCGCCAGGUUCGCCCCAAUGCGUCAACUCCUCACACCACCCAUGGCAAUGCCAAUUUCGAGCGUUAUAGCUCGGAUGAAACCGAAGUUUUUGAUGAGGUUCGAGAUCCUCCGGUAGAUGUCGUGGUCGAAAUCUUGCCUCAAGUUCCUGCUGCAGUUGCUCCGAUUGAGCCCGAGCCCGUUGUGGAGCCGAUUCUCGAGGAUGUUGUCCAACCAGUUGCCGAGCAAGGUGUUGCGGCCGAGCCAGUUGUUGUUGCUGAGUCGAGUGGUACCGAGUCUGGUGUCGAGGAAGCUGCUCCAGCGCAAUUGCCGCGCCGUCGUCGUCGCGCGCGUCGAGGACGCCCACGCCGUAACCGUCGUCCCGCUUUCGUCUACCCAAGAGUGAGUUUUUUUUAUUGCAAUUCCAGACUUUGUAUAUGAAAUAGAGUUUUUUUCAGCCACCAGUUCUCCUUGGCGACCCGCACGCCGACGAAGUGUUGAUCGAUGAGUUCUUACCUCUUUCGGAGGAUCCGACGCAGUCUGACUAA